UCAAACUAUAUGGCUUUAUCAAAGUUUCAACUUGCAACUCUUCUUAUCGCAUAUUUUCUCCUAACUAGUUCUCAUCAAUCAAAGAUAUUGAAUACAAAUCAAAUCGGGGUUGAAGAGUGUGUUUACAGAGGUUUGUGCCGAUCCAGCAAAGAAUGUAAGAGUCGAUGUGGACCGCCUGAGUUCUCACAGGAUACUGUUGGUUUAUGCAUGCUCGAUUAUGAUGAUUACGAAUAUCGUUGUUGUUGUAUUGUAGAUAACAAAAAAUAAUUUACAAGUUUGAAUAAAUGUUUCUGGUAUCCAUUCGGUUUUUGGUU